AUGAGCAGUAUAGAAGGAAGAGUAAUCAAGCUGAAUAGACCAGGAGAGCUGGGAUACAAGAAAGAUUGCUUAAAUGUAGUGGGCAAGAUAAUAAGUGACAACAAGAUAAGCUUCAAAACAUGCAAGAAUGCCUUACUGGAAAUGUGGGGAAACCCACAGGAGGUUGCAGUUAUUGCUAUUGGUUCGAAGAAGAUGUUGUUCAGUUUCAAAGAUAGAAAGAAAGGACUACAGAUCAUGCAGAAUGGGCCGUGGAAUGUUAGAAGAAAUAUGGUCAACCUUAGACUAUGGAGGGAGGGAGAAUCUGUAUUCGAGGUAGAUCAUGACAUCAUGGAAUUUUGGAUCCAAAUACAUGGCAUUCCGCUUGACCUCAUGGAGAAAGAGAUAGGCGCACGCAUAAGAGAAAUGUUGGGAGUAUUAGCUGAGGCGGAGGACCCUAAAAUGGAUGGCAUUCUGAGGAAAUCAUAUCUGAGAAUCAGGGUCAGCAUUGACAUCACCAAGGCGCUACCCAGAGGCUUCUGGUUAGACAGGGAGGAGCUGCCUCCUUUAUGGGUCUUCUUCAGGUUCAACGACGGGGGGAGAAAGCUCAAAACAACAGCGUUGAAGCGAGAGGGAGAGGAAUGGGAGCGUGCACAACAGAACUGGGAAAGGGAAAGUGGGGAGAAGAAAAGUUCAGAAGAGAGCAGGAUAAGGGAGGAACAGGCGAUUCAGCAGAAAAUCAGGGAGGAGAGUGUCUGGAAAAACCAAACUGAGAGAGAGGAAGAAAUGGCGGAGGCAGAAGAGCAGGUAGAGAAAGUACAAAAAAUCCCUGAUUUUCAGGGAAUUAGGAAUACGCAGACUACUCUAGAAGCUGCCUAUAAAUUUAAAAGCCUCAUUAAGGAGAUAAUGGAGAGGAAAAAUUAUUGGGCCAAUAAUAAUAAGGCCCAAAAAGGAGGAAACAUGAUUGAAGCACAAAGGGAGGAUAGUGGGGAUAAGGAGGCCAAGAAAUUGAGGAACAGCAAUGCUUCUCGAGACUCAGGGGAGUAUCAACUUGCAACACAAGACUCGAAAUUUCGCAAGAAAGGUCAAAUGGCAGAGGAGGCGGGCCUUAACAUGCCCCAACCUCAGCCAUGA